AUGACCGCAGACUCGAACUGGCAGGCCUUGGCGGAAGCAAAACGCCAGGCCAUUCUAAAUGCCAUUCCUGAGAAAUGGCGGCUACCAACUCCUGUACCCGCCGCUUCUGAAGUGCGCGAUGUAACUGGGCCAUACAUUCAGAAGUACUUGAGCGAGCGAGAAAUUGAAAUCACCGAGGCGGAUGCAGUCGACAUUGUUGCUCAAACAAGCACAGGUCGCUGGUCGGCGGUGGAAGUCAUAGAGGCCUUCUGUCACCGGGCCGCACUGGCGCACCAAUUCAUCUUUUUCGAAGCGGCUCUCGAAGACGCUAGGAAGCUCGAUGCCUACUUUGCAGAGCACAAGAAGCCAAUUGGCCUGUUGCACGGCCUCCCCGUCAGCUUGAAAGACCAGUUCCAUAUCAAAGGUGUCGAGACCACCAUGGGCUACGUUGGAUGGAUUGGAAACUUCCAGGGCCGGAAAGAUGAUCCGCGACAUCUCACCCACGAGAGUGAGCUCGUGAGAGAAUUGCGAGCUCUUGGCGCAGUGCUGUACUGCAAAACCAGCGUUCCGUGUACACUCAUGUCGCCGGAGACGGUGAACAAUAUCAUCGGAUACACAUGGAAUCCGAAGAAUCGACUGUUAUCAGCUGGUGGUAGCUCGGGAGGUGAAGGUGCAUUGAUCGCUCUGCGAGGGUCACCCAUCGGAUUUGGCACCGAUAUUGGUGGAAGCGUUCGCAUUCCUGCGGGCUUCAAUUACCUCUAUGGACUUCGUCCGUCUGCCGGUCGAACGCCGUACCAAGGUGCUGCCAACUCUUUGGAGGGUCAGAACACCGUUCUUUCGGUCAUCGGUCCGAUGGCACCAACUGCGCGAUCUCUCGUGAUGGUCAUGAAGGCUGUAUUAAGUCAAGAGCCGUGGUAUCAUGAUCCACUUGUGCACGAGCUGCCCUGGCGUGACGAGAUCGUGGACCAGACGCUGGCUCUUAUUCAACAGGCGAGAACUGGAAAGUCCAGUCUGGCGUUUGGUAUUCUGCAGUGGGAUCGCAUUGGGCGGAUUCAUCCUCCUAUCGCUCGUGGCUUGCAGAUGAUAGAAUCGACCCUGAAGCGCCUGGGUCACACUGUAAUUCCGUGGAAUCCACCAUCUCACGCCAGAGCGAUAGAAUUAGCGGACAGGGCAUUCACCAUGGAUGGCGACGCCGACUUCACCCAUCACUUCGGUCUAUCCGGAGAACCAAGACCAAAGCAAGUAAUCAGCGGUCCCAACGCACUAUCCGUCACCCAAAUUACCGAGUUGAACGUUGCAAAGCGCGAAUAUCAAAAAGAGUACAUGGACUACUGGAACAGCACCGCCAAACUCACCGGGACCGGUCGUCCCGUCGAUGGCUUCUUCAGUCCGAUUGCUCCUCAUGCUGCGGUCGUCCCUGAGAACUACAAGCACGUGGGUUAUAGUUGCUUUGUCAAUCUCUUGGAUUAUACUAGUGUUACUUUGCCGGUGACUCAUGCGGAUAAGAGUGUUGAUGUGCGGCCUGCAAUUGGCGAGUUAGCGGAGCAUGUGGACUGGGACUAUGAUGCCGAAGCAUACGAUGGUGCACCGGUGGCGAUUCAACUCAUUGGACGCCGGCUGCAGGAGGAGAAGAUCCUGACUUUGGCGGAAUAUCUUGGAACUGAGAUUGGUAUGACUGCGUGA